UCCCUAUCGUCAAGUUCCGAUUAUCCGAAGGGACCGUGUAGCUUAUAAAAAGGUCACAACAUUCCUCUUGCACUGUAUAGGCUGCUCUUCUCGUCGCUCCUGCUGCUCACAUACUCUUCUGCUUCAAUUGGGUUUGUCAUCCCAAUCAACCGCCAAAAUGACAACCGUAGCAGUAGUCAACGACGCAUCCUGGACCUUCCACAAUUACGGUCCCUUGACAACAACAUUCACACCCGCCCCGUCCUGCUCUGGUACAUCUCACAUUGGCCUGGGAACAAUCAAAGACGACAUCUUUGCCUAUGAAUACUACAAUGUGCAAUGUGAAACCACCGCCUGGCCAGACUGCGCACCCCCCUCAACAGUCACCCCAUCUCCCACGACAAGUCUGGCGGAUGGCUACGACGACACAUGGACCGCUUCAGUGGGAAAUUAUUACUCCCCCGGUCUGUAUUGUCCGUCGGGGUGGGAGACGGUUGGACUGGCCGGACGAGAUGGCGAUAAGGCUUAUACGACGUCGGGAGCGAUGAGGUAUGGGACUAGUCACUGGACACCGGAUUUUGACUAUAUGCCUACGUUGCUGGCGAAGAAUUUGAAGCCUAGUGAGACGGUGGCGUUGUGCUGUCCCAGUGGCUUCACAGCCAAUCCCCUCGGCGACUGUUUCACCACGGUCCCCUCAUACACACCUACAUCAGUAUGCUACGUAUAUGAGGACAUUCUUCGUUCCGUCGAUAGGUCGACGUCGGUGUAUACCACCGACGGGACCAAGAUCGAAACGGUAGUUACCACCACGACGACUAUUGAUAGCAUCUCAACGGAGUCUAGAGUCGUGGACAAUGGAGAACGCUUCAAAGAGCGCUAUACGCCUAUCAUCUCUGUUUCGGCUGUGACCUUGAUUCAUCAUGAGUCUGAUGUCGUUGCUACUGGGAAGGCGGGUACGGCAGCAGCUACUGCGGCGGGUUCAAGCACCGGAGUUGCAACCGGGACGGGACACUCGACGGCAUCUACGGGUACGGCUGCUACGACGUCGAAUGCGGGUGUGAGAUUGGGGCUGCGGGUGUCGAGCUGGAAUGGAUUUGGUGCUGUUUUGGGUGUUUCGCUUGCUGCGGCGGCGUUGGGAGCGGCUAUUGUUUUGCCUUUUUAAGGUUUCAUGUCCGUUUCCUGAAUGGUCUCCUAGCUACUCUCCACAUUCAUCUCCUAGCUAAUCUCCUAAAUAAUUGCCUACCCAAACUCUCGG